CUAAGCAGCAAGCCAGUCAGAGAGACAUCCAGCCAGAGGAUUAGUAAAAACCAAGUCUCCCUCUAGGAAUGGCACUCGUCUGAGAGUCUCCUCCACGCAGGGCUCCUGUUCACUGCCAGCACUCUGAGAGAACAGAGGGGCUAUUGGGAUACAAAUUACAGCCCUCUCAGGAUUUGCCAGGCAGACCAGCCAACUGGGAAGACGGGAUAUUGAGACAGGAGAGAGAGCAAGGGCAAAAGACAUAAUGACAGAUGACCAAGACCUUUCAGAGGUAGAAAUGAGCCCAGUGGGUUCUGAAGAACAUCACUGCCUCUCACCGGGACCUUCCAUGACAUCAGAUACCACCUCUCAUCUUACCAGCUCUGGGAGCGGAGAGAUGGGAAAGGUCAAGAAGGAGCAGCAAGACUCAGAGACGGACGACGAUAAGUUCCCCGUGUGCAUCCGGGAGGCAGUGAGCCAGGUGCUGAGUGGUUACGACUGGACCCUGGUGCCCAUGCCUGUGCGGGUCAAUGGGAGCAACAAAAGCAAACCCCACGUCAAACGGCCCAUGAAUGCCUUCAUGGUGUGGGCACAGGCUGCCCGCCGGAAACUGGCUGACCAGUACCCUCACCUCCACAAUGCAGAGCUCAGUAAGACUCUCGGGAAGCUCUGGAGAUUAUUGAAUGAAAGUGACAAGCGGCCCUUCAUCGAAGAGGCAGAGCGGCUGAGGAUGCAGCACAAGAAGGACCAUCCCGAUUACAAGUAUCAGCCACGCCGGCGGAAAAAUGGCAAGGCCUCCCAGGGCGAGGGUGAGGGCCAAGCCGAGGGAGAAGCAGGCGGGGCUGCAGCUAUCCAGGCCCAUUAUAAAAGCGCCCACUUGGAUCAUAGACAUCCUGGGGAAGGAUCCCCCAUGUCUGACGGGCACCCCGAGCACACCUCAGGUCAGAGCCAUGGACCCCCCACUCCACCAACAACUCCAAAGACAGAACUCCAGGCAGGCAAAGCUGACUCCAAGCGGGAAGGGCGCUCCCUUGGAGAAGGCGGCAAGCCUCACAUUGACUUUGGCAACGUGGAUAUUGGAGAGAUCAGCCAUGAAGUGAUGUCCAACAUGGAGACCUUUGACGUCAAUGAAUUCGACCAGUACCUGCCACCCAAUGGACACGCUGGCCAUCCGGGCCACGUUGGGGGCUAUGCAGCAGCAGCGGCCGCUGGCUACGGCCUUGGGAGUGCCCUGGCUGCAGCCAGUGGACACUCUGCCUGGAUCUCCAAGCAGCAUGGAGUCUCCUUGUCUGCUGGUACAUCAUCAGUGGUGGACUCCAAAGCACAGGUGAAAACAGAAGGUUCUGCCCCUGGAGGCCAUUACACUGAUCAGCCUUCCACUUCCCAGAUAGCGUACACGUCCCUGAGCCUGCCCCACUAUGGCUCGGCUUUCCCCUCCAUCUCCAGGCCCCAGUUUGACUACCCUGACCACCAGCCCUCAGGACCCUACUAUAGCCACUCCAGCCAAGCCUCUGGCCUCUACUCUGCCUUCUCGUAUAUGGGACCCUCGCAACGUCCCCUAUACACUGCCAUCUCUGACCCUGCACCCUCUGUGCCACAGUCCCACAGUCCCACACAUUGGGAACAGCCUGUGUAUACAACUCUCUCCAGGCCAUAGGAAAUGGGGAACAAUGACCAAAGCAGCAACCGAAAGGCUCUAAAGAAUCAGCACAGGCAGAAGGGUCUGCAAACUCCGAGGUCAUUCAGUGUAACCCAGCCAUCAGAACCCACUGAGUAUCCAGACAUGUCUAUCUUGACCCCGGUUAUCGCUGGCUCACCGCCUAGAGGAAGGUUUUACUCCUUUGCCCCUCCCAAUUCAAUGUAUGCCAACCUAAUUGACUUGCACAACCCUUUUGGCCUUCUAGAUGAGGAUGAUUCUAGGCAUGGAGUGACUGGUCACAGUGGGUUUCAUUGUGCACACCUUGGACUGUAACAUAAGAGAUAACCCCCAACCUUAACUGCCCUCCAACUGCUUCAGUGAUUUAGCAAGUAUUUUGGAUAGGCCACAUGGCCAACUCAUUGUCACUUGUGGGUGAAGAGUAGCUGGCUGAGUACCAUGGUGGACAUGCUGUGGGAGGAGAGGUAGGGCAGUACAGUCAACUUCCCUGUGCUCUGCAAUGUUCCUAAGAUUCACGCAUGCAUGAAUCUUGAUCCCUAUUGGAAGACCAACCUAUGCUUGCUUUCCUAUUGACUUCCACAUCCGCAUCCUAUCCUCCCCUCAAUCCACCCUCACUUUAUUGUAUGGUAAUCUGAAGACUUGACUACAGUGGACUUAUGAACCACAUCAAUGGUUCUAGCAUUAUUCAUGUCACAAUAUACAUGUGUGGGAGCAACAUCAUGGACCCUAGAGGCAACAGGGAGGGAAACCUACUUUCUUAUGAUUAUUUUGUAUGACUAGGAAACAUGUCCUGUUCCCUUCUAAAUCCUUCCACCUAUCCUCUAAUAUUCCAAAAGAUACACUGCCAGGGCAAUGCCGGCCCUUCUGACUGUAUGUGUGUGCGUGCAUGGGAUGUGAGGGAAGAGUAGCUGAAGAUACUGUGGCAACCAAAAGCAUCAGCAUGACUCCCACUUGCCCAAACACAGUUUGCUAAAAUAAUCAACUUAUACUUGCAAGGUUGGGCCCCCAAGCAGAGAUGAACUAAAGAACACAUCCCCUGCUGCCUCUUCAUGGCUUGUUCCAGUUUUCCAACAGUCCUACCCUCAUCAAGAAGAGGAAGUUGUGGCACCAAUUGUGAGGAAAGCACUCAGUGCUGGAUGAGCAUUAAAGACAAUUGGUCCAUGUAAAAAAGAUAAUGAACUUGCCUUCCCUUUUGGGUUUCAAACUGGAAGCAACCGUCCCCAGUGGUCAGGCUGGUUCCCCCCAUUCUUGUCCUCAUCUUCAUUCGCCCCUCUCAGGUGGUGUGCUUGUUCAUUCCACAACUUCAGGACUAGCAUGGUUUCACAGUGCCAGAGAGCAUGCUGUCAUGAAGGAUGUCAUAACUCAAGGUGGGAGAAGAUCAUGCCCUCCAAUGGGCCACCAAAACACACCAUGGAAUACCCAGCUGAUAUGUAGGUCUGAGAAGAUGGGACGGACUGACUUAAGCAUAGCCUGUGAUCCUCACUUCCAGUGCUCUUCUCCUACUGAGACUGCUCAGGAUGACCUUUAUACACCCUUCUCUCCACCCUUAACUUUGGCUGACUCCUUCUCUGUCAUGUUUGAAAAGAACAUGUAGUAUGUUUGCUCCUCUGUAUGCAUGUAACCCAUUGCUGCCCCCUCCCCUUAUUUAUUCCAUUACACUUUCCCCUCCCAAGAAGCCCCUCUCCCUGUCCCCAAAAUAUGCUGUUCUAGCAUCAUUAACUCUGCAUUAAAUGUAUUGAAUAAUAAACUUAAAGGUUUCAUUUG